AUGUUGCAGAUACAACGUUGUUUUUCCCUGUGUAAAUUUCAAGCCGUUUCCCAUGUGAAUGCACAUCCGAUCCUGUCCGUAACUCGUUUGCUCUCUUUCUAUCUCUCUCUCAUUUUCACUUUCUCUGUAGGUUUACAGAAAAAUAGUAAUUACAAUUAUCUAUCUAUCUAUCUAUCUAUCUAUCUAUCUAUCUAUCUAUCUAUCUAUCUAUCUAUCUCUGUUCAUAUCUAUCGACCUGUAAGCCUAUUCAUAUCUAUCUAUCUAUCUAUCUAUCUAUCUAUCUAUCUAUCUAUCUAUCUAUCUAUCUGUUCAUAUCUAUCGACCUGUAAGCCUAUUCAUAUCUAUCUAUCUAUCUAUCUAUCUAUCUAUCUCAGUCUGUUUAUAUCUAUCUAUCUAUCUAUCUAUCUAUCUAUCUAUCUAUCUAUCGACCUUCUGUUCAUAUCUAUCUAUCUAUCUAUCUAUCUAUCUAUCUAUCUAUCUAUCUAUUUAAAUAUGGCAAAUUCAACAAGACCUAUCUAUCUAUCCAAUUCUAUUCAUAUUUAUCUAUCUAUCCAAUUCUAUUCAUAUCUAUCUAUCUAUCUAUGUCAGUUUUGUCAUAUCUAUCUACUUGUGUCUCAUCCGUCAAUAGCAGUCAUCACCUACCUAACGAGAUGUAGCAUUGCAUUCCAUUCUAUCUAUCUAUCUAUCUAUCUAUCUAUCUAUCUAUCUAUCUAUCUAUCUAAUCUCAAUUGUUUUAUAUCUAUCUAUCUAUCUAUCUAUAUAUCUAUCUAUCUAUCUAUCUAUCUAUCUGUCUGA